AUGUCGUCAAGCGCCAGCGCCGAGAAGCCUACAAGCACCCAUGAGCGACCCAUCACAACAGCAGAAACCGACAAAGAUGACGACUGGGAAAUCGUGAAUGAAAAGGAAAGCCAACUCUCAAAGGAUCCAGUCAAGAAAGAGAGCGACUUGGAGAAGGGCACUGAAGAGUCUUCGAAAGAGAUGACCGAGGAGGAACUCAAGAGAGAACUAACAAAGACAAAGUGGGCGGGCAUGCAACAGCAGGCGGGCGGGGUAUAUCCUCAUCGAGAGGUCAAAGUCCCAAGCUAUCCGAAAUUCAUGGGAGAUUGGUAA